AAAUAAAAUCUUUAAAAAAAUAAAAAUAAGUUAAAAAAAAAAAAACCAAAGACCAUCUCUGACUUCUUGUGCCUUCUGCAGUUCAGCCAUUAUUAACAGAACUCAUAUCCUUUAAAAGUUUUGCCAGUUAAAUUUGAAAUAGGCCUGAAACCUUUGCUUAAAAUGAAUUACUCCUGUUUUACUCGGGAUUUUUGCCUAUUGCUACUGAUUUUCUUUUCUCCACAGCUAUUCUGAAUAAUAUGUAAUGUUUUGUUGCAUCCUUAACACUUACUUUCACCUUCCCUGUGUGUAGUUGCUUUCUACAGUUUGGGGUUCCUUUAGAAUCCAUCCUCUGCAUCUGUUCAUAUGUAGAUUUUUGAUUUGCCACAUUCCAGGACCUCAAACUGACUGCAAGUUGUUCUGUUCCCCAGUUUGAUGGUGUUCACAGAAGCAGGUAAGUGACAUAGCUAGGGCCAGAUGUAAGCAGAAAGUUAGGUCUUACAGUCAUAUAGGACCACUGCCUUGAUAAUUUCUGGUAGACCCUGGAGCUUGAUAAAUGAAAAAGAACUAGCAAUGUGUAAUCAGAUUCCCUGGAUCAGCAUUCAUUAUAGGAAGGAAUAAGAUGUUUGAAUUGAUUCUUUUGUAUUUUCUGUUCCUAGAAACAGAGUACAUUUUUAGCCAAUAAUAUUUUGGUUUUGCUUACUUUAUUCCUCUAUUUAUUCCUCUUUUGGAGGAACCUGAUGACAAAGUACCUUGCUCUCCUUUCAGAGAAAGUGAAUUUUACAAAUUAAUUUUGUUUCCCCUAUAAUUGAUUUCCUUCUGUACCAUUAAAUGACCAUUUGUAUUCUUCUUUCUUGGGUAUUAUGUUUGUUUUUAAGCCUAGAUUGAUCAUUGUUGAAUUGUGUUUGAGCAGUGUUUGUUAUGCUCAAAGGGACUUUGGGCUUGGGUUAACUCAUCCUGGGUCUAGAUUGACAUCCAGAACUCCAGGAGUUCUGUUGAUCUGAGCUAGUGCCUACCUUUCCAACCAAAUAAUGACUUCUGAACUAAUCCCAGGGUUUUUGUUUUUAAUUUUUUCUUCUCUGACUCUGUGGACUGAGAGCAGAAAUACUGCCUUAGUGAGAGAGGUUCAGGAAGCAAUAGGUUUCAUCUUUCCUUAGCCUGCCUGGCCUUUGGUGAGUUUGGGAGUGUUGACAGAGUUCUGAGCCCUCUUGGCAGAGAAGGAAGGUCAGAAAGAGAGAAGUCCAUGGGCAUGGGUCCAGGUCCCUCCUUACCUCGUUAGGGAGAAUUCAGCGUUGUCUGUCUGGUUGGCAGGGCACACCUAAUCACAGAGACUCAGCAUUUCAGCAGUUUGCAAAGGAAAGUGAUAUGAAGGGACAGCUGCAAGUCAGCCACAAGCUAGAUAUGAGGAGAUCAAGCAUUCACUUGGAAGAAAGAGAGAAGGAAGGAAGCCGAGGGCUUAGCAGGUCCCCAGGUAUCAGUGGACAGCCAUGGCUCCAAGAUCCCGGCAACGAAGGCACAAGAAACCCCCCUCAUCGGUGACUCCCAUGGUUGUGACCCCACCUACAGUUGUGACCUCUGUGCCUCUGACCCUCUCAAAACCUGACCCUAGCAUUGAUGCACUUGGCUUCUUCUCCUUGGACAAUAAUGUUCCUGGCCUAUCCCAGCUAAUCCUUCAAAAGCUAAACAUGAAAAGCUAUGAAGAAUACAAGUUGGUGCUAGAUGGGGGUGCUUCUGUAUCAGGCUUUGGAUUUGGAUGCCUUCAAGAAAUGUUCCAGAAGAUGGAGGACACAUUCCGAUUCUGUGCUCACUGUAGAGCUCUUCCUAGUGGCCUUUCAGACUCCAAGGUCCUACGUCAGUGCAAGAGGUGCAGAAAUGUCUAUUACUGUGGUCCAGAGUGCCAGAGGUCAGACUGGCCAGAGCACAGGAAGGUUUGUCAAGAGCUGCGUCUGGUAGCUGUGGACCGUCUCAUGGAAUGGCUUCUAGUCACAGGUGCUUUUGUCCUACCUUCAGGACCUUGGCCAUGCCUGGCUGAAGUCGUACAGGGCUGGGAUACCUGGUUUUCUAUGCGGUGUUUACAGCUAGAUGCUACACUGGAUGCUGUGCUAGGUAGUCAUGCCAUGACCACCCUGUGGGCCAAUGUAGGACGGCCAAAGCCAGACCCAGAUGCCCUGCAGGGCUCUUUGAAACGGCUGCUGACAGAUGCCCUAUCGCGGCCCUUGACACUGGGCCUUGGGCUUCGGGCCUUGGGGAUAGAUGUUGGGAAGACUGGGGGAAGCACAGUGCAUGUGGUUGGUGCUUCCCAUGUGGAGACAUUCCUCACUCGCCCUGGGGACUAUGAUGAGCUUGGCUACAUGUUUCCUGGACACCUAGGCCUCUGUGUGAUCAUGGUGGGUAUAGACGUAUCUGCUGGCUUUACACAGAGCACCUCAACUCCCCCCCUGGAACCUGGCACAGUUCAGCUUAGUGGCCAUAGGGGCCUCUAUCAUGACUUCUGGGAGGAGCAGGUAGAGACUGGACAGAUAGCCCAUCCGGAUUUGGUGGUGGCAUUCCAUCCAGGUUUCCAUGCUUCCCCAGACUUGAUGGAGGCUUGGCUGCCCACCCUCCUGCUACUUCGUGAUUAUGAGAUCCCUACAUUGAUCACUGUUUACAGCCAUCAGGAAUUGGCAGCUUCUUUGCAGAUUCUGGUGGACCUGGAUACACACAUCACUGCCUAUGGAGCUAACCCUUUCGCGUCCCUCAAACCUGAAGAGGUCUAUUCCAACCCCAACAAGCAACCAGUAUAUUGCAAUGCCUACUAUAUCAUGUUUCUUGGACGUUCCUGCCAGCUGGAUAAGAAGCAACUGGAAGAGAAAGUAGAUGGUGAGGUUUAA